CAAAAAACAAAAUUGUAGGGACUAUGUAAUACGGAGUAAUAUGUAUGCAACUCAUAUAAAUAUAAAUAAGGAAGUAAAUUAUUUUCGUUGAUAUCCUCACGGCAUUUGCAGACAUGGCUUUGUUGUACGCUACGAGCAAACCGUCAACCCCAUUGCUCCCCAAGCCGUUCGCGGCCUCCUCUGUGGGAAGCCUGCCCCCGAAACCCCUCAAAUCCACACCUCGCUCAGCCAAGCUGUGUCCAGUCUUCUGCACCCUCACCGUGAACCACCCAAUGGCUUCCAGUGACUUGGGUGUUCUUCAACGCCCCGAUUCGUUCGGUCGCUUUGGCAAGUUCGGCGGCAGAUAUGUCCCCGAAACGCUCAUGCACGCUCUCGAUGAGCUCGAGGCCGCCUUCCACAAUCUCUCAAAUGAUGAUGACUUUCAGAAAGAGCUGGACGGGAUCUUGUGCGACUAUGUUGGGAGAGCAAGCCCCCUUUAUUUUGCUGAACGGCUUACAGAGCACUACAAGCGGCCUAAUGGUGAAGGGCCACACAUAUACCUUAAGAGAGAAGAUCUGAACCACACUGGAGCACACAAAAUCAACAAUGCUGUUGCUCAAGCAUUGCUUGCAAAGCGUUUGGGAAAGAAACGCAUCAUAGCUGAGACUGGAGCUGGUCAGCACGGUGUUGCCACUGCAACUGUUUGUGCUCGCUUUGGCUUGCAGUGUGUUAUUUAUAUGGGUGCUCAGGAUAUGGAGCGUCAGUCAUUAAAUGUUUUCAGGAUGCGGCUUCUUGGUGCUGAGGUUAGACCUGUCCAUUCUGGAACAGCAACACUUAAGGAUGCCACAUCAGAAGCUAUCCGGGAUUGGGUAACCAAUGUCGAAACAACUCAUUACAUCUUGGGAUCUGUUGCUGGGCCCCACCCGUACCCAAUGAUGGUUAGAAACUUCCAUGCAGUGAUUGGUAAAGAAACAAGGAAACAAGCAUUGGAGAAGUGGGGCAGGAACCCUGACGUGCUUGUUGCGUGUGUUGGUGGAGGGUCAAAUGCUAUGGGUCUGUUUCAUGAGUUUGUUGAUGACAAAGACGUGAGAUUGAUUGGGGUGGAGGCUGCGGGCUUUGGUCUGGACAGUGGUAAACAUGCUGCUACUCUAACAAAGGGAGAGGUUGGUGUGCUACAUGGAGCUAUGAGCUAUCUGCUUCAAGAUGAUGAUGGGCAGAUAGUUGAGCCCCAUUCCAUAAGUGCUGGGUUGGAUUAUCCCGGAGUCGGGCCUGAGCAUAGCUUUCUUAAGGACAUCAAACGAGCUGAAUAUUAUAGCAUAACUGAUGAAGAGGCUUUAGAAGCAUUUACAAGAUUAUCCCGGUUAGAGGGCAUUAUUCCUGCUCUGGAGACAUCACAUGCGCUGGCUUACUUGGAGAAACUGUGCCCGACUCUACCAGAUGGCACUAAGGUUGUGCUAAACUGCAGUGGCAGAGGGGAUAAGGAUGUUCAAACUGCUAUCAAAUAUUUGAAGCUUUGAGGGUAUUUAUUUUUAUUUUGUUGUGGAUGUUUGACACGGGGAUGUGUUAUUUUGAGAACUCGUAAUAGAAAUUUUAUUUCAAGA